AUGUUGAGAACCUGUGCCCUACAGUUUCGAGGUGACUGGGAUGAGAAGUUGCCACUUAUGGAAUUUGUCUAUAAUAACAGUUACCAGGCGAGAAUUAAGAUGUCCCCAUAUGACGCCUUGUAUGGGAAACAGUGUAGAACUCCAUUCUAUUGGGAUGAAGUGGGUGAGAACAUAUUGGAGGUGUCCAAUGAUGUUGAACGGACAAAGGAAUAG